CCUGGUAUCACUGUUACAUCACAAUGUUAAAAGCUCCAUACACAGUAAAACAUUUUUGUUUUCGAUUUCUGUAUAUUAAUAAUUUUAGCGAUGUGUUGAUAAAUAGAUCCGUAGGCUAAAACAGACGCGUGCUGUGAGCUCGCUGCACGUGAUGAUGUCAAGAGCGCGUGGAUUUCUAAUAGUUUUUUCAAGUUUGCGUCGGGAAGUCAAGUCACUGACUCAUUCUUGGAUUUCUGUCAUUUGUGGACACGACAAUUUUAGACACUCACUGCAGACUUUCAACUUCUCUUUCAGACGACAGCGAUGUAAAGGCGUAUUUAGAAUGAGAAGACAGUGGCGUCAACGCAUCAAAAAGGUCAUACCUUUUUUUAUGACAUUGAUACUCCUCAUAUGUGCUUUUACAAUUGUGUUUUCAAGAGUGAAUGAAGACGACUAUUGCAUUAAUACCUUCGGGGCACCAGGUGUGUGUGACAGAAAGCGACUGACAGUAAAAUAUGGCAUCAGUUGUUCUGCAAUAUAUGACAUGGAACCAGUGGAAGUGGGAAAAUCAUUGACCGUCCGUAAAAACAAAAACUAUGUGGGGCCAACUGACAUGAAUAUUGUGAAUGCCACCUCUGACUGUGAUCGAUUUAUAGCAUCAAAGGGUUAUGAUGCGGUACAAGGCUCUGAAUUUGAACGUGAAUUUCCUCUUGCUUACUCUUUGGUCGUUCAUAAGGAUGCUGAUCUUGUGAAGAGGAUGCUAAGGGCCAUUUAUAUGCCACAUAAUGUUUAUUGCAUACAUUAUGACCUGAAGUCUUCAGAUGACUUUAUUUCAGCGAUGCAAGGUCUGGCCCGCUGCAUCCCUAACGUCUUCAUUGCCUCAAAACUGGAGAGGGUGCAGUAUGCAGGCAUCUCACGCCUCAAAGCAGAUCUUAAUUGUCUGUCUGAUCUCCUAGAGUCUGAGGUGAAGUGGAAGUAUGUCAUCAAUCUGUGUGGUCAGGACUUUCCACUGCGGACGAACGCUGAACUCGUGUCAGAUCUUAAGAUGCUUAAAGGGAUGAACAUGGUGGAGACCAAGCGACCAGGAGGAAAAGAAUGGCGCUGGACCUUUCACCACGAGCUAAAAAAUAACACUGAGUACUACGAGUUUCCUAUUAAAACUGAGGAGGAGAAACCUCCACCACCUCAUAACAUCGAAAUGUUUGUGGGCAGUGCAUACUUUACACUCUCACGGGAAUUUGCACUUUUUGUUCAGUGGAGUUCUUUAGUCAGAGAUUUCUUGGUUUGGUCUGAGGACACAUACUCACCUGAUGAACAUUUUUGGGCAACUCUUGUUCGUGUGCCCGGAGUACCAGGAGAGGUGCCAAGAUCUGACCCUGAUAUCUCAGAACUGACCAGUAAAACCCAUCUGGUGAAGUGGGAAUAUUUAGAAGGGAGUCUUUACCCACCAUGCACUGGGGAGCAUAUACGGUCUGUGUGUAUUUUUGGAACUGCUGAGCUCAGAUGGCUUCUAAACUAUGGUCACUGGUUUGCUAAUAAAGUGGACCCAAGAGUGGAUCCUAUUCUUAUUGAAUGUUUAGAAGAGAAGCUUUUAGAAAAAUCGAUGUCAAAUCAACGUUAAAAAUAUUUUUUUUUUUUUACUGGGGUGGCUGUCAUCUUUUGUAUUCUGGGUUAAAAGUACAAUGCUUUUAAAGCUGCAGUCUGCAAGAUUUUUUUUGAUUAUAUUCACUAAAAACUGACACUAUGCUCUUAUAGAACAACAUAAAUUAGACUGUUUAAGAAAAAAACAUCUGGUCCAAUAAGCGCAGGCCGGUUCAUUUGGUCCAAUCAGCACAGGGCUGUGUAAAAUCAUGCCUGUCAAUCACAGUUCCUGCACACGCCACAUAUCCACUCUCCCCCCUCACGUAUGUUACAAUAUCAAAUGCAUCCGCCUGAAGUUCACAGGUGUAUUGGAUUGAACGCAGCGUGAUGGCAGAGAAAACAAUCACUAACAAACUUCCGAUUCCUCGGUUAACAACCAGAGCUAGGAGAACAACAGAGGAAAAGAAGAAAACAAAGAUAGAAAGCGAACGUGCGCGUAUUAAAACUAGGAUCAAUAUCAAACAGGCAUUUGAAAGGUGGAGAGAUCUAUGAGAUUUUCAAGUGUUCAAGCUGGAUGCAGAGCUUGCCACAUUUCUUCUCGACAGGUAAUUGUGCUUUAUCAACCAUUGAUUGUAUUUCUGACUGUUAUGUCUAAGUAUGCUUGCACACGCACUGACAAGGACGAGCUCGAUGGGAGGUUGCUCGUGGUAGUGUGGGAGGGGCAUGAAAAUUGUAAACAUUCGAAAUCAUCUCAAUCCUCCAAAGUUGCUGACUGCAGCUUUAAGAGGAAACAAAAUUGAGCUUAUCAUUUUAUUGCAGUUUGUGGUUAAAAGAUUUUAUAAACUGUAUAAAGUUAUAAACUGUCAUUUUAGUGCUUUUGAUCAUCAGGAAAGUAACAGCAAAAGUUUACCACAGGUUAGAAAAAAACAUACACUGUAAAAAAAUUCUGUCGAAAUUACAAUGUUAUUGCAGCUGGGUUGCCGGUAAUUUACCGUAGAUUUUAAUUUAUGUUAUUUA